AUGCGGUUUGCUCUUCGUAGGCGAGCAGUCGGCUCCCCUCGAUCACUGGUCGAAAUCAUCGAACGGAGCGUUAUUCCCCUCGACCAGGGCUGGGUCUUUAAGCAAGCGGAUGAUCAAGAGGCUCAGUUCCUAUCCGUCUCCCAAUUUCCCACAAACGUCCAUCUGGAUCUGAUGCACCAUGGUCUCAUCCCCGAUCCCUUCAUUGGCAAGAACGAGCUCCAUGUGCAGUGGGUUGGAGAAAAGUCCUGGAUAUACAAGACUUCCUUUGAUACCCCCACGAUUGGUGAUGGCCAAAAAGCAGUACUGGCCUUCGACGGUCUCGAUACGUAUGCCACAGUACUUCUGAAUGAUACGAAAAUCCUAGAAACGGAAAACAUGUUUGUUCCUGAGCGCGUUGAUGUCACUGAACUGCUGCGCAAAUCAACUGGUCCAAAUGUGUUGCAUAUCACAUUCUCCAGCACAUUUUUGAUCGGAAAGAAAAUCCAGGAGCAGUAUCCGAAACAUUUCUGGGGCAGUUGGAAUGGAGACCCCAGUCGCCUUGCCGUGCGGAAGGCACAGUAUCACUAUAGCUGGGACUGGGGUCCAACUCUAAUGACCUGUGGACCAUGGCGGCCUAUAAAUCUCGAAAUCUACAAUGCUCGAAUAUCGGAUCUCCAUGUAAGGCAGAAUGUCGAAAAAUCUCUGAAACAUGCCAUAUUGGCUGCAACAGCUGAGGUAGAAGGUGAUGCGGAGAAGGUGAUUUUUAAGUUCCUUCUGGACGGCAAAGAGAUUUGUUCAGAAACGACUGAGGUGGAAUAUGGCGUCGCAACUGCAACCUUAAACGUCCACAAUCCCCAGCUUUGGUAUCCAUCUCGUUAUGGGAAACAGCCGCUGUAUACACUCUCCGCGAGCUUGUUGUCGUCCAAUGGCGUGGAGGUGGAUUCUGCCAGCCAGCGUUUUGGCCUGAGGAGAGCUGAGCUGGUUCAGAGGAAGCUAGAUGAUGCCGAAGGGACGUCCUUUUUCUUUGAGAUUAACAAUAUUCCAGUUUUCUGUGGAGGGAGCAAUUGGAUCCCUGCAGAUAAUUUUAUCCCUCGGAUCUCACCUCAGAAAUAUCGAGACUGGGUGAAGCUGAUGGUUAAUGGCAAUCAAGUGAUGGCCAGAGUCUGGGGAGGUGGUAUAUUUGAAGAACAAGUGUUUUACGAUGCUUGUGAUGAGCUGGGUCUGUUGGUUUGGCAGGACUUCCUUUUCAGCUGUGGGAACUAUCCAGCAUUCCCAAGCUUCCUCGAAAACGUGAAGCGAGAGGCCGUUGCAAAUGUCAAGAUUCUCAGACACCACCCUUCCAUUGUUAUAUGGGCUGGGAAUAAUGAAGACUAUCAGUAUGCGGAGAGUGAGAAUCUGGAAUACGACCCGAAGGACAUCAAUCCAAACAACUGGCUGAAAUCCUCCUUCCCAGCGCGAUAUAUUUACGAAAAGAUUCUAGUGGACGUGACCAAGGAGUUGAUACCAGAUACGUAUUAUCAUUUCGGCUCUCCUUGGGGCGGAAAUACCACCAAAGAUCCUACAAUAGGAGAUAUCCACCAGUGGAAUGUAUGGCACGGCACCCAGGAGAAAUAUCAAAACUUCGACAAACUCUCCGGCCGCUUCGUGUCCGAAUUUGGCAUGCAAGCUUUUCCUGCAAUGGAAACGAUUGAUGGCUACUUAUUGGAAGGGAUAGACAAUCCCGACCGAUACCCCCAAUCGUCCACCGUUGAGUUCCACAACAAAGCUGCAGGCCACGAAAGGCGCAUGGCACUCUACCUAGCUGAGAAUGUAAAAUACACAACGGAUCCUUUUGAGCGCUACGUGUACUGCACACAGCUCAUGCAAGCAGAAUGCCUCGCCAGCGCAUUCAGGCUUUGGAAACGGCAAUGGAAGGGCCCUGGCCGCGAAUACUGCGCUGGCGCCUUGCUCUGGCAAAUCAACGACUGCUGGCCUGGGACUUCUUGGUCGAUUGUGGACUAUCACCUGCGGCCUAAACUCGCCUACUAUGCCGUGAAGCGAGAAAUGAAUCCUAUCACCAUCGGACUAAAGCGGACAACCCACACAGAAUACGUGGACAAAUAUACGCACGCUUAUUACAAGACAACGCACAAGAUAGAGAUGUGGGCAACUAAUUUUACACUGGAGACGAAAAAUGUAAGCGUUCUGAUUAAGGGGUGGGACGUCGUCACUGCCCAACGGACUUAUUUUCAGGAACUUCCGGAUUGCGUUGUCCUGGAGCAGAACAGGAGCACUGAGAUUAUCGAGUUUGAGUUGCCCGUCGAGAGUAGCGGCGAAGGUAGUGAAGGUUGGAAAGAUAAAGCACCGCGCACUGUUGUUGCGGCAUACCUUUUCGAUGAUGGCAAGCAGAUUGCGCGCUAUGUUAAUUGGCCCGAGCCGUUGAAAUAUGUUCCCUUACAACACAGGGACCUCAAGCUUAUUCAGUCAGCUGAGCCUAAUCUGCUGGAGUUGUCCGCGGAGGUGCCCAUUAAGGGCGUUGUGUUGUAUGCGGAUGAUGAUCGGAAGGUGUUUGACGACAAUUUUAUGGAUUUGGUUCCUGAGGAGACAGUGUAUAUUCAUACUAAGGGCCCUGGUAAGAUUUGCUCUGUGAGGCACUUGGGGAAGGAUUAG